CUGCCAACCUCAAGACAGUUUCUCCUUGAACUAACGAGGAAUAUUCUCAGAACAGUCGAGAAGGAACCUCAUUAUGUUUCCCGCCAACCACUGCUGUGGGGAGGGGGAUGCGAACGUUAUCAUCUUCUUCUAACAAUUACUGAUAAGGAUAUCGCUUAUACGUCAUAUCCCACUCAGUCUGUUUCCUGAGCUCUCGACGUGCACACUCUCCUCACUUGUCGUUAGAAGCUACACCCUACUGCUCGCUUGCUUCUUAGGAGUUGAAGGUGACAUCGAGUCGCACCGAGAACACCCAGACGAACGCUCACCAUAGUUAGCGAUGAGGGGGACGUGGCUAAUACUGAUCAGCCUGAGUCUAGCCUGCGCUGAGUCGGACUUCACAUUACUCUCGCAGGACGAACGGGUCGGCAUCCCUACAGUCUAUUUCACCGAAGUGAGAAAGGUGUCUCGCCAAAAUGCAGAAACCGACCAUUCCCCACACCCCCGGGACCACGACGUCAUGGUCGUGCUGGAGGCCCACGAGCACUUUGCUGGCGUCAAGAGGUGGCAUUUAACAUUCAUGCGCGGCGAGGAACAAUUCACGAGCACUUUAGACAUCGCGGAGAACGUUGGCAGCGAGCAGGAGGAGUUCGUGUUCCCGAUAGAGCUCGUAGCGGAAGCCAACGCGGUUUUCAUCACUGCGAGAGACGAGGUUGGCUCGACGCUGGCGUACGGGUCGUCACAGAUUAAAAUUCCGGAAAUGAAUUCAAACCUGGCUUGGGUGGGAAGAGCGUACGAUCCCGUCGCCUCCUACCUGCGCGUGGACCCCGGCACCUUGCCCGUGGUGGAAAUCGGAGACCACGUAUGCAAGCAGAAUAUGAGUCCUUGCUACAUCCUGAAGGAGAGACUACCAAAGGUCGUUUCCCGGUGCCUCACCCUCACGGAUUUGGUCACCGAUGCGCACGUGUUGCUGUGUGACGACACGAUGGUCCCUUUCAACCAAUUAACCAUGGCUCUAACGGUCGAGUUCAACGAAGACAAAACAGUAUCAUUGACCAUAAAUCCCCCCCAAGACGAGGACGUGAAGAGCAUUGAGGUCGUCGCUUACCACCCACGGGACCCCUCCUCCGUCUUUUCCCCCAGGGACUCCAAGUGCGAUCCCCUGGACGCUGUGGGAGGACCGGGGCAAAUACAGUGCUCUCAGAAGCUCGAAACGACCGAAAAACCUGACGGGAUUCAGGUGGUGGUGGUGGUGUUCACGUCUCAGAACGGGUCGCUCCCUCAGUCCGCUCAACUUACGCACUGGUUUAUAGCCGACGAUGGAGAGGCGCAGAAAGGUGUGGUAAUCAUCGGCUUAAUCGUAGGUGUGCUGGUCGUCGUGGGUCUCAUCUUUGCCCUCGUCAUCUUCAUUAGGAAGAACAAGAGCAAGAGUAAAGGAAAACGGGAAGCCGCCGUGACCACCUCUGCUCAUUACACUCCAGCCCCGACGUCCGACCCUGAACCAGCUUAAUUUGUUGGACAGAUAUAAUUACAAAUCAAAUGCGUGAAUGUGUCACACUGCUGGUGUAUAAGACUGCUUCAUUUGUAAAUACGUAACAGAAAUUUUGUUCACGUCCUCUUUUUUCUGAGCGAAAAAAGGGGUCGGUGGAAGGGAACAGGUAAUUAAGUUAAAUGUUUUAUAAUUAUUAACACUGACCAAAUGUGAGCAGAGCUCCCGUCAAUAUUUGAUGUUUUAUAAUGAUAAUUUAUGUCAUGGCAACAUUAUUUGACAGCGGCUGUGGCGUUCCUCAUUUCUACUUUUGUAACAAGAUGACGUUAUUUUUAUAAUUUGCUAUAAUGAUUUAUACCGUUGCCAUUGCUAUCUGAAACCCCCAUAACUCUGCUAAAAAAACAAAACAAAAUCGUAAUUAAAAGUUAUCCUCAUCCUAUAUUAUUACAAUGACCGAAAAAGGCACAAUGGAUAGCCUUACCUUUAGACACAAAAACAGUAGUGAAUUUACUUGCUCUGUGAAUAUAUAUGGACAGAAGGCAUGUUAGACAAGGAUUUUACCAUGUGUUUAGUUUGUAAUCUGUUAUUGUAGCAUUGUUAUCAUUGUUUCAACAAGUCUAUUGAGCUUUUUUUUUUUUACGUCAACCAUUACUGGGAAACAAGAACUUUGCCUUUAGGAUUGCGGCAUUGUUAACAACACAAAUUACAUCAGAUGACUCUAUGGGUUUAUAAAAAAAUAUAUAUAUAUAUAUAUAUAUAUAUAUAUAUAUAUGUAUAUAUAUAUUUUAGUAAAAGAAAACUAAAAUGAGGAAGCAUUAUACAAUGUGUGCAUUUAUGAUCCAUGGUUUUGUGUGGCAUAAAUCUUAGUGUGCAUUAUCAUAUAAACAGAGAAAGGCUUUAAUUUGUAUUUAUUUUAAUCAUCAUCGGGCAAUUUAUCCUCUAUAUCUUCCGAAUCUAUCACAUUGAGAUAAUUCCAAGCAAUAAAUUAAGGUUAAUUUUUAAUUAUUUACAGCUUCAUUGAUGUAACACUUUUUCUUUUACUCACUGAGAGAUUUCCGGAAAAGAUAUCAGGAAAUCGAAUUUAACAGCAAUCUUUUUUUUUCUUACAUUUUGAGUACCGCCAAAAGGAAGAACAAUUUAUAUUAUGUCGGGUACACACGAUAAUCCGUCUCAAUGGCGGGGAAAUAAACCGGGUAACAUUA